AGAAAGAAGUUGGCUUUGGAAUGAAAAUGGAGGACGAAGAAGAAGGUCCACCUCUAGCCGUUCAAAUUGACGAAACUGCAGAAGAACCCUCUUACUCUUCCAACAACGCUGACGUUUCAGUGGGCGUUACCGUCAUCACUGGCUUUCUUGGAGCUGGAAAAUCCACUCUUGUUAACUAUAUCUUGAAUGCACAACAUGGAAAACGAAUUGCUGUCAUAUUAAAUGAGUUUGGUGAAGAGAUUGGAGUGGAAAGGGCGAUGAUUAAUGAUGGAGAAGGUGGGGUACUUGUUGAGGAAUGGGUUGAAUUGGCAAAUGGGUGCAUUUGUUGCACUGUUAAGCAUAGUUUAGUUCAAGCACUGGAGCAACUUGUACAGAUGAAAGAAAGACUUGAUCAUAUAUUGCUCGAAACCACUGGGUUAGCGAACCCUGCUCCUCUGGCAUCUAUUCUAUGGUUAGAUGAUCAACUGGAAUCAGCUGUCAGGCUUGAUUCUAUUAUCACUGUUGUGGAUGCCAAAAACCUUCUUUUCCAGAUAAACAAAUAUCGUGAUGUAUCUUCAUUUCCUGAAGCAAUUCAUCAAAUAGCAUUUGCGGAUGCUAUAAUUCUUAACAAGAUUGAUUUAGUUUCUCAAGAGGCUUCCGAAGAUGCUCUUGACAAAUUGGAGAAGGAGAUACAUGAAAUUAACUCUCUUGCUCAAAUUAUUCGCUCUGCCCGGUGUCAAGUUGACUUGUCUAAGAUAUUGAACUGCCGAGCAUAUGAUGCUACGCACAUCACUCAUCUACAGGCACUGUUGGAAGAGCACCAAUCUGUGCCUUCUUCAGAUCUUCAUGACAGUGACGUGCGAACUUUGUGCAUUUGUGAACCAGGGGCUGUUGAUCUUGAUAAGGUUCGCUUGUGGCUUGAGGAGAUUCUUUGGGAUAAGAAAUAUGGCAUGGAUGUGUACCGUUGCAAAGGUGUUUUAAAUCUUCAAAACUCCGAUCAACUACAUACUUUGCAGGCUGUAAGGGAGAUUUACGAGAUUGUUCCAGCUCGAAAAUGGAGAACAGAAGAGAAUCAGAUGAAUAAGAUUGUGUUUAUAGGGCUUCAUUUGAAUAAAGAUGUUCUUACUGAUUCCUUCAGAACUUGCGUAUUAUCAACUACUUAAAGUUGUAAUUUUGGUUAACUUGUGAUUAAGUUCAGACAAGGUGUGAAUUGCCGCCUUGUAGCUUUGUUUUAUUAUUAUUAUUAUUAUAAAUUUGUUUAAUUGUAUUUUUUGUUUUUAAAUCUUAUAAAUACAGAUAAGUUUUGAAUGUAGAUGUCCUAUA